AUGAAUCAAAAACAAAUGAAUAUAGCAAGACCAAAAUGUUAUGGUAUUAAUUGUUUUCCGUCGAAUAAUUCAUGUCAAUCUAUCGAACAGCCAUGGAUUCAAGAAAUGGAAAUUUCAUUCGAUUCUACAUCAGAUCUCAAUUUCUGUUCCUGUUAUUCUAGUCAAAAUACACUUGAUCAAUAUGCAAAUUCAACUCCGAUUAACAUCUCGCAUCCACUCGCUCGUUAUGUAACAUAUAAUAAAAAUGACAAUACACUUAUUGUACUUGGAGAUAGCCUUAUUGACCAAUACUUUGUAGCAAACUUAACUCGAUUCAGAGGUUUUUUCGUGACUGAUGUUUCCUUAGCUACCUGUAUCGAUACAAUGAACGUCUACAGUUCUUUUUGCUCGAAAUAUGAGCGUCAAUAA